UCUCUCUCUCUCUCUCUGAAGCUCGGUUGAGGUAUCUCUCUCUCUCUCUCUCUCUCUCUCUCUCUCUCUCUCUCUCUCUCUCUCUCAAUCUCAAUGACGAUUUAGGGAUUUGGGGAUUUUAGGGUGGAUUGUCCAAAAUAGGAAUGUGGGGAUUUUGGGGUGGAUUUGUCUCUCAAUCUCAAUCUCUCUCACGCUCUUGUUGCCGAAGCCCUACCCACCCACGCUCUUGUGCAGUCGAUUUUUGUUUUGAACAUUUGGUUAGCUUCUUUGUCUCUAGUUAGAUUCUUUUUUUCUUUUUUUUUUUUUUUGUGUGUUUCCUUUUUUUCUUUUUGGGUGGUUAUGAAAUAAGUAGUUUUCAACUAAGCUGUACCUAUUGGUUUGGUUGGAAUUUCUGUGGCUGUGUGCUUCUUCUUUUUUCUUGCAUUUAUGGUAUUAAUUUAGGACAAGUGCUAUGCAUUUAUUUGGACAAGGAAUCUCACCAAUGAUAGAGAUUGAAGGAGCCUUGAGAAAAUUUGGGUACUGAACGAAACUAUUUCUUGUGAAAGAUUUGCUUUUCCAAGGUUUCUGGUUGUUUAGUUGUCAUUUUCAAUGGCAGUAAAGGCUCAAAUAGAGGAGAUAUUUCUCUCUCUUGAACUGGGGCUUUGGAUUUUUAAGUUAAUUUAUUCAUGGAUGGUUGAAAGUAACUGGAGAAAAAGAGGAAAAUCUCUACCUAUUAAUUCUCCUCUCUGUGAACUAAUGAACACCCAUUACUACGUUUCAAGUAUCUUUCACUUGGGUUUUAAAAAAAUACAUACAUCUGCUAGUGAUAUAGAAUUACAUGAUUGAAAUGGUAAUUUUAUCCAAGGAAUUUGUUUUUUCUAGUCUUAUAAGUAUUUAAUGGGAUGUGGGUGGUCAGGAAUUGGUGAAAGGAUUAGGAGGGGAAGGAUAAGUUUGGUGUAUUCUACUCUGACAUUUAGAGUAGUGAGAUCUUCCCAUGGCUGAACUUUCAUCCCAUGAACUUCUUCUUUUGAAUGGAGAUAUCAAGCAUGGUAUCACCAAGAGGACUCCCUUCUCAGCAUCUUUAGCGAAAUGGGUACUCAAAAUUUUGAUGUGGGGGAUCUUCAUUGCAUGGAUUGCUCUUAUGUUUUUCUUCCCUAUUGAGUUUGUGCGAGGAUUGUACCAGAAAUGGCUUGGAGCAACCAGAGAAACUGUCUUUGGGGUCACAGGAAGUAUAUUCCUGAUAUUCGGUGCUGCAAUUCACAUUGUUGCAUUUCCAGCGUUCAUCUAUGUAACUGCUUUCCCAAGUGAAAAUGAAGAGAUGAAGAAACCGAAAUUUCCAAGGUUCCGAUUAUGGACAUUUCCUGUCAUUGUUGAUGGACCAUUUGGUGUCGUCUCUGCUGCAGAAUUGAUUGGGAUACUCCUGUUUUCUGCAUACAUUAUCUGGGCAGUUUCUGCUUAUGCAAUACAAAUUCAGCAAGGAAUAUCUAAAUUUCCCCUGCCUUUCAAAGAGAAAAGGUGUUUUCUUUAACUUGGUCAAUCAGUUAUGUAUUUUGCUUGUCAGACAAACAUGGCAUUUUAGAUGUUAUUUCUUAUAGUCUGAUGCUUUUAUAGUCCUAUAAAUUUGUGUUUCUUUCCCAGAUCAUCUGCCAUAAGAGAUAAAAUAAUGUGGAUUUUGGGGCUAUUCUAGGAUUUCUAUUCUAGUGGAGGGUCCAUCAGUUGUUACUAGUUGGAAGGCUCCCAAAUGGACAUGGGUGGAGGUAGUAAGAAAAGACUUGAUGGCCUAUGGUCUAACUGAAGUUCUGGCCCUUUAUAGAGUUGAAUGGUGGAACAGAAUUCAUGUAGCCAACCCCAAUUAGUUGGGAUAGGGCUUAGAUGAUGAUGAUGAUGAUGAUGAUGGAGGGUCCAUCAGCACUGCUUCUCUUGACAGUUGGUUCUACAGAUAUGUGCUUAAACUGACCUACUCAUCUCCAACUGUACCUUGAAGCACCCAUUAUUUGGGAGUUUGGGGCCCGCUCAUUAGCCCAUGUCUCUUUAUCAGCCUUCCAAUCCCCGACACCACAAGGUCAUGUGGCUCUGACCUUAGGAUGCAUUUCAAUGCAGUAUCAAAGAACAUGGUGGGACAACAUCAGCCUGAUUCUAGCUCUGCCCACCUAAACCCUCAAAUAAAAGAGGUUAUAGGGCGAUUAAAAAAAAAAAAAAACCUGCAAUCACUGACCUACUAAAGUGUAAAUAUCUGAACUGUGUUUUCUUUCAUUAGAAUUCAUAAUUGAGGGUUUGGACUGAAGUAUGUUGAACAAGUAUUAUGAUUUACAAUAUGAUUUUCUGUUCAAUUUGGUCUCUAAUACCAUUUAUGAUCUGAAUUUGAUUUUUAGAACAUUGGUUUAAGUCAAAAUCAGCCAAUAUAUUAAUUAAGUUAAUAUUUUUGUAUCGUUGGCUAUGACAUAUCCCCUAUUAU